AAACAAACCCUAACAAGUAACGAUUCAAAAAGCCGUCAUUUUCAAUUGCGGCGGGGUCAAAACAAUAACAUGUUGGAACAGAACGACGAUGAUGAUGAGGAAGACAUAAGCCCAUUCACCAUGCUUUUAUCAGAUUCAGGAGACGAAAAUGGCGAUCCGAAGAGAACUUAUUCUACUCCACAGACCAGUCCGGGAAAGCCUAAGUUGGAGCAGCACUACAUCAGCUCCAUUGACACCACCUUGGUCACCAGACAGCUCCCAUCUCAAGGCUUGUCCUUCCAGCUCUGGCCCGCAGCCACCACGCUCGUCACUCUCCUCGACGACCACCGCCGUCACCCUACCAAAAGCCCCCUCUCCCCAAUCCUAUCGCCCUCAUCCGACGGCCCGGAUCGCCGCCCUCUAACCAUCCUCGAGCUAGGCUCGGGAACCGGUCUAGUGGGAAUCACCGCGGCUGUGACGCUCGGCGCUAACGUCACGGUGACUGACCUCCCACACGUCAUCCCCAACCUUCAGUUCAACGUUGACGAAAACACCGCCGCGUUGACCGCGAACGGUGGGACCGUAACCGUUGCGCCGUUGAGUUGGGGAGAGACUGCUGACGUGGAGCUGAUUGGGCGGGAGUUUGACGUUAUUAUGGCAUCGGAUGUAGUGUAUCAUGAUCACCUGUUUGAACCUCUGCUCCAGACACUGUACUUGCUAUUGGGUGGCCGGGAAACGACGUCGUUCGUGAUGGCACACUUGAGGAGGUGGAAGAAGGAGUCCAGUUUCUUCAAGAAGGCGAAGAAGGCUUUCGAUGUGGAGAUUUUGUAUGAGGACACUCCGAGUAAGGGGUCCAGGCUUGGAGUUGUUGUUUAUCGUUUUACUGGGAAGAAAAAUCGGAAUUUGAAUGUCGUUUCAGCUAACAAGGCAUUAUGAUUUUGGUUUGAACUGACGAGGGAAAGAAAAUAUGACUCAUCUUUUACUUCCACUCUGUUUAAGCGGCUUAAGUUGCCCAAGUUCCUAUUAAAUACAGACAUUUUCUAA